AUGACCAUGCCGGUUACAACUCUCUACGAAAAACUAAUGAAAAAUGCACAGCCGUCACGGUGGCGAAAAAUCGUCGCUGAAGACUUAGAUUUGGAUUAUUGUGAGAGAUUUCUGACAGCGGCCGAGAGCGCCACUCUUCUGGAUUACAUGGAAAACAACGUGAAUUACUUUGACGGUCGACUUUCGCAGGUGAAAGUCUUCGGACAGUAUUAUCCCAUACCCAGGCAACAGGUUGCGUUCGGCGACGCAGGUGUAUCGUACAAGUUUUCUGGUACGGUCGUACCAGCUCAACCAUGGCCGCAACCGCUGUACGAUCUGAAGAGGAAAAUUUGCACCAGCUGUGGAGUCGAUUACAAUUUCGUUCUGGUCAACAGGUAUAAAAAUGGAGAGGAUCAUAUGGGCGAACACAGGGAUGACGAAGUAGAAUUGGACAAAACAGUACCUAUUGUGUCUGUAUCUUUGGGCCAGACAAGGAAAUUUGUGUUUAAACAUACCGAUGUACGGAAGAAGAUAAGAAAAGUAGAACUUGUAAAAUUAGAUUUACAUAAUGGUAGUCUUUUAAUGAUGAAUCAGCCUACAAAUGAAUAUUGGUAUCACUCGAUUCCCAAAGAAAAAAAUGCAAAAAAUAUUAGACUUAAUUUCACAUUCCGUAAAAUCAAAUAA